AUGGCACCCUCACAGAAGCGAAAGCCGGCAGACGACUUUAUCUUUACAAUUGACGACGACGACGAGCUUCCUGUUGAGGAGGAGGAAGUCGUUGCGCAGCCUCCCAAGAAAAAGGCAAAGAAAUCGAAACGCGAUGCUAGCCCCGAAGAGGAUGACGAGGAGGAUGCCGUAGAAGGUAUCUGGGGGUUCAAUGACGACGACGAUGGUGCUAUGGACUCUGGUUUCGAGUUUGGAGGCGACGAGCCCGCCAAUGAAAACGGCACAGAUGACUUUGAGGGUUGGGGUUUCGAAGGUGCAAAGAAGGGCAUGAGAAUCGAAAAGAAGGGGGUCGACCUUGACGAAAUCAUCCGAAGACGUCGCGAAAAGAAGCUCGGAAAGUCUACCGAGGAUGCGACAGAGACGGAAGAGAAGGAAGACGCCGAGGUCGAGACCAUGGAUGUCGAUCUGGACGACGAUGAUGACGAGGUUCUUGCCAACGACGCAUUCGGUAUGAACGUUGCUUCUGAUGUCGAGGAGUCCGAUGAUGAGAAGAACGAGGAUGAUGAGGAGUCUGGUGUCGAGGUCGACGACGACGACGAGGCUGCUUCAGACAACGACUCUGUUGCUACUCCCACCAACCACCCUGACGACGAGGCUUCCGACGACAGCGAUGCUGAGCAAGAAGACGCGGAGGAAGAGGCCAAGCGAAAGGCUUUCUUCGCCCCUGAAGAAGAGAACAACCCCGACAAAAAGGCAACUGCUUCUUCUUUCCAGACAAUGUCGCUGUCCCGUCCCAUCAUGCGAGGUCUCGCUUCCGUUGGCUUCUCCAAACCCACACCCAUUCAGGCCAAGGCCAUCCCCGUUGCGUUGAUGGGUAAGGAUGUCGUCGGUGGCGCAGAAACAGGUAGUGGUAAGACGGGUGCAUUCAUAUUGCCAAUUUUGGAACGUCUUCUCUACCGACCCAAGAAGAUCCCUACCACUCGAGUCGUUGUUCUUCUUCCUACUCGUGAAUUGGCUAUCCAGUGUCACGCUGUUGCGACCAAGCUCGCUGCCUUUACCGAUAUUAAGUUCACUCUCGCUGUCGGUGGUCUCAGUCUCAGAGCUCAGGAACUUGAGUUGAAGCUGCGACCUGAUGUUAUUAUUGCAACACCAGGUCGUUUUAUCGAUCAUAUGCGAAACUCUGCCAGCUUCAGUGUUGACACUGUCGAGAUUCUGGUCCUUGAUGAAGCUGAUCGUAUGCUUGAGGACGGUUUCGCCGAGGAACUCAACGAAAUUCUUACAACACUCCCUAAAUCACGACAGACCAUGCUGUUCUCCGCUACUAUGACAUCCAGUGUCGACCGUCUUAUUCAGAUUGGUCUGAACAGGCCUGCCAGAGUGAUGGUCAACUCUCAAAAGAAGACUGUUACUACCCUGGUGCAGGAGUUUGUCCGUCUACGACCUGGCCGGGAGGACAAGCGAAUGGGAUACCUGGCACAUGUCUGCAAGAACCUUUAUAAGGAGCGAGUCAUCAUCUUCUUCCGUCAAAAGAAGGACGCUCACCGAGCCCGAAUUAUCUUUGGUCUUCUUGGUCUCUCGUGUGCUGAGCUUCACGGUAGCAUGAACCAAACACAGCGUAUCUCAAGUGUUGAAGAUUUCCGAGACGGCAAGGUGUCAUUCCUUUUGGCUACUGAUCUUGCUUCACGUGGUCUCGAUAUCAAGGGUGUAGACACAGUCAUCAACUACGAAGCUCCUCAAUCCCUCGAAAUUUACGUCCACAGAGUCGGUCGAACAGCCCGUGCUGGUCGCAAGGGUAUUUCUCUGACAUUAGCUGCCGAGUCGGACCGCAAGGUCGUAAAGGCUGCUGUCAAGGCAGGCAAAGCUCAAGGGUCCAAGAUUGUCAGCCGACAGCCUGAUUCCGGAGAGGUUGACGCUCUCCAAACUCAGAUUGACGAGAUGGAUGACGAGAUUGAUGAGAUUAUGCAAGAAGAGAAGGAAGAGAAGCAACUCGCUCACGUCGAUAUGCAAAUCAAGAAGGGUGAGAACAUGAUCCAGCACGAAGCAGAGAUCAAGGGUCGACCCAGACGAACAUGGUUCGAGUCUGAACACGACAAGAAGAAGUCCAAGCAAGCUGGCCGAGACCAGCUCAACGGCAUGAGAGAGGAGCUUAAGAAGAAGACUGGCAAGCUUAGCAACAAGGACAAGAAGCGAUUGGAUUUAAAGCAACUGCGUGCCGAAGGUGGCGGAGAAUGGAGGAAGGGCAAGAACUCAGAGGCUGAGAUGAAGGCCCGACACAAGGAGGCCAAGGCCAAAAGCCAGUCCAAGAGUUCGGCUCCCAAGCCCAAGCCCAAGGGAAAGGGAAAGGCCGGUGGCAAGAGGAGAUGA